AUGAAUCCACCAGGUUCUUCAUCUUCUACAGCACCCUCAUCACGCAAGAGGGGUCAAGUGUACAACGCAGCCAGUGUCGGUCUCGACUUUCUGGGGAAUAUAUCCGAGGGGUCAGAUAUACUGUCUCCCCUCAAAGCAGCAUGUAGAGCGACUAAUUCGGUUCUCAAUGUUAUCCAAGCAAUCAAUGAUAACCAAGAAGAAUGGGACGAAAUAACCCGACGCCUGGAUCAAUACAUGUCAUCUAUGGAGAACCAGAUUGAUUCAUUCGAGAAGUAUCCUCCAGAAGACAGGAAAGUAGACGAGGCAUUCAGUCGGCCGCUCGUCCAUUAUGUCGAGACUCUCGAGGAUUUCUCUAGAUUAGUCGAGAAUCACAGGCAUAAACGAAGUCGUAGCGGAUUUGGCACGUUGACAGAGAUUCGAAAAGUCAAGAUUGAUGCCGGAGUGAUCCGUAACUUCAAUCGUGAUAUCGAGGAUCUGCAUCGGCAGUUCAUGGAGGCAUUGAGCAGCUUUACCGCAUUCCGUAUUCAGGCUAUCGAAAGGAAAAUGGAAAGGAUCCUCACCGACGACGACGCGUCUGCUAUACUCCAGUUGCCAAUAGUAGCAUUCGUCGCGUCUUCGGUCCACAAUACCUGUCUACAAGGAACGCGUGAGGCUGUUCUUCAGACAAUCUGGCGUUGGGCGGAGGACGACAUGUCGGACAAGCCCAUCUUUUGGUUGUGUGACAUAGCCGGCUCUGGCAAAUCCACCGUGACAAUGUCUGUUGCGGAAUCAUGGCGAGCGCAGGGCAUCCUAGGAGGCCAAUUCUUCUUCUCCAUGGCCAGCAGCGAGGCAUCCACUACGGAGAAGUUCUGUUCCACCAUAGCAAGAGAGCUCGCCAACUACAUCCCCGAGCUUGCGCCCCAUGUGGCAGCAGCCAUAAAGCAAAAUCCCGCCAUUCUGCGACGCCCACUCCACGAGCAAUUCCGAGCGCUCAUCAUCGAACCACUCCGUCACCGACAAGAACGCAUAGUCCUAGUCUUGGAUGCCAUCGACGAGUGCAAGUUGGGAUCACAGAGGAGAGAGCUGCUCGACACCUUGUCCAGGGUUGUUGGGGAAGCCAGGAAUCUGAAGAUAUUUAUGACCAGUCGGCCUGAUCCGGUUAUCGAAGACAUCUUGAAGCCGCUUUCGAUCAAAGCAGAGCUAAAGGACCGCCUCCACGAUGUCAGUCAUCAUGACAAUAUCGACGACAUAUCAACCUACGUACAUCAGUCGCUUCGUGAAGUCCUAUCGCAUGACAAGCGACAACGACUGGUCGAAAAGGCCAAGGGGUUGUUUAUCUGGGCAAGCACCGCAUGCCGAAUGCUCAUCGAUCCUGCGACUUUCGAUACCCCCGAGAGCAUAUAUCAUCGGCUGAUUGCUGUGGAUCAGAACGGGGCAAUGGACGAGGUUUACGACCUGGUGUUUGAGCGUACAGACCCGAACUCGUAUUCGACCAUGUGUAGUAUGCUCGCAUUGCUACUCGCAGCAUUCGAACCCCUAACUAUCAAUGAUUUCGACGACCUCCUCAAAUCGGCUGGAAUCUGCGGAAGAGCCAGGGCAUUGGUGAAAAACCUGGGAAGCGUACUUACUGAAGAUCCGACUACAAAUUUGAUCCAGUUUCGUCAUCCCACUUUCAUCGAGUACCUUCGAGGUCGCUGCACCACCCCCACCGUCGAUAAUCGGAGUAAAAUGUAUCUUGAUAUUACCCAUGCACACGGUCAAGCCGCUUCGUGGUGUCUCCGAAGUCUCAAAUCACCCAAGGAAGGUCUCAAGUUCAAUAUAUGUGACAUCAAGUCAUCCUUCUACCUAAAUAGACAGCUUCCAGACCUAGAGGCAAGGGUGUCGAAGCUCAUCCCCAGAAAACUUCAAUAUGGGAGCCUUCAUUGGUUGUUCCAUGUGUCCGAAACGGAUGGCGGUUGGCGACGAAGAUUGAAAAACGAACUUCGAUACAUAGUGACGACUCCAUAUCCGCUAUACUGGAUGGAGAUCCUGAGCGCCAUCGGAGGGGUCGCAAGAGCGAUAGGACAGAUUGAAGAGGAUACAAAAGGCCGGAUUCAUGAGAUCCAGCGAUUUAUGAUGACAUUCCUGGUGGCUAUUCAGGACAGUAUACCACACAUCUACCUCUCAGCAUUACCAUUCACGCCUAGGAAGUCAAAUCUACACGUGGAGGGUCUGCACGAGUAUAAGGAUACUAUUGGCGUGACCCAGGGUCUUGAGGAUAUAUACUAUGGAUUACCAGACGCUCUUCGAGGUCACGACGGUUGGGUCAACGCUGUCGGAUUCUCACCAGACGGCUCGCAAAUUGUCUCUGGCUCAUGGGAUACGACCAUUCGACUGUGGGAUGCAGCCACUGGUCAGCCGUUAGGAGAGCCACUUCGAGGUCAUGAACACUCAGUCAGGGCCGUCGGAUUCUCACCAGACGGCUCGCAAAUUGUCUCUGGCUCAUCGGAUAGGACCAUUCGACUGUGGGAUGCAGCCACUGGUCAGCCGUUAGGAGAGCCACUUCGAGGUCAUGAACACUCAGUCAGCGCCGUCGGAUUCUCACCAGACGGCUCGCAAAUUGUCUCUGGCUCAUCGGAUACGACCAUUCGACUGUGGGAUGCAGCCACUGGUCAGCCGUUAGGAGAGCCACUUCGAGGUCAUGAACACGAAGUCAGGGCCGUCGGAUUCUCACCAGACGGCUCGCAAAUUGUCUCUGGCUCAUCGGAUACGACCAUUCGACUGUGGGAUGCAGCCACUGGUCAGCCGUUAGGAGAGCCACUUCGAGGUCAUGAACACGAAGUCACCGCCGUCGGAUUCUCACCAGACGGCUCGCAAAUUGUCUCUGGCUCAUGGGAUAGGACCAUUCGACUGUGGGAUGCAGCCACUGGUCAGCCGUUAGGAGAGCCACUUCGAGGUCAUGAACACUCAGUCACCGCCGUCGGAUUCUCACCAGACGGCUCGCAAAUUGUCUCUGGCUCAUCGGAUAGGACCAUUCGACUGUGGGAUGCAGCCACUGGUCAGCCGUUAGGAGAGCCACUUCGAGGUCAUGAACACGAAGUCACCGCCGUCGGAUUCUCACCAGACGGCUCGCAAAUUGUCUCUGGCUCGGAUGACAGGACCAUUCGACUGUGGGAUGCAGCCACUGGUCAGCCGUUAGGAGAGCCACUUCGAGGUCAUGAACACGAAGUCACCGCCGUCGGAUUCUCACCAGACGGCUCGCAAAUUGUCUCUGGCUCAUCGGAUACGACCAUUCGACUGUGGGAUGCAGCCACUGGUCAGCCGUUAGGAGAGCCACUUCGAGGUCAUGAACACGAAGUCACCGCCGUCGGAUUCUCACCAGACGGCUCGCAAAUUGUCUCUGGCUCAUCGGAUACGACCAUUCGACUGUGGGAUGCAGCCACUGGUCAGCCGUUAGGAGAGCCACUUCGAGGUCAUGAAGACUCAGUCUUGGCCGUCGGAUUCUCACCAGACGGCUCGCAAAUUGUCUCUGGCUCAUCGGAUAGGACCAUUCGACUGUGGGAUGCAGCCACUGGUCAGCCGUUAGGAGAGCCACUUCGAGGUCAUGAACACGAAGUCACCGCCGUCGGAUUCUCACCAGACGGCUCGCAAAUUGUCUCUGGCUCGGAUGACAGGACCAUUCGACUGUGGGAUGCAGCCACUGGUCAGCCGUUAGGAGAGCCACUUCGAGGUCAUGAACACUCAGUCACCGCCGUCGGAUUCUCACCAGACGGCUCGCAAAUUGUCUCUGGCUCAUGGGAUAGGACCAUUCGACUGUGGGAUGCAGCCACUGGUCAGCCGUUAGGAGAGCCACUUCGAGGUCAUGAAGACUCAGUCUUGGCCGUCGGAUUCUCACCAGACGGCUCGCAAAUUGUCUCUGGCUCAUCGGAUACGACCAUUCGACUGUGGGAUGCAGCCACUGGUCAGCCGUUAGGAGAGCCACUUCGAGGUCAUGAAGACUCAGUCAGGGCCGUCGGAUUCUCACCAGACGGCUCGCAAAUUGUCUCUGGCUCAUGGGAUACGACCAUUCGACUGUGGGAUGCAGCCACUGGUCAGCCGUUAGGAGAGCCACUUCGAGGUCAUGAAGACUCAGUCUUGGCCGUCGGAUUCUCACCAGACGGCUCGCAAAUUGUCUCUGGCUCGCAUGACAGGACCAUUCGACUGUGGGAUGCAGCCACUGGUCAGCCGUUAGGAGAGCCACUUCGAGGUCAUGAAGACUCAGUCUGGGCCGUCGGAUUUUCACCGGACGGCUUGCAAAUUGUCUCUGGCUCGGAGGACGAGACCGUUCGACUGUGGGAUGCAGCCACUGGUCAGCUGUUAGAGGAGUCACGUCGAGGUCAUAAACACUCGGCCAAUGCCUUUGGAUCCUCUGCAGGUGACAGACAAAUCCUCACUGACUCGGAUAACAAUGGGGCUCAAUUGUGGGAUUUAUGGCAUGUGGAUCAUCUUGGUAAUCAAGGUAGUGAGCCGGUAGACUUGCACUUUGACAACUCAAAUGGCCGUACGACGUCGCCAGGCACUCCGUUGCCAAUCACAGUACCAGGAUUCAAAUAUUGCUCUCUUUUGCAGGAUGGCUGGGUGCAAUCCUCUGGUAAAUUUCUCUUCUGGGUGCCCCCUGAUAAUCGACAUGGACUACGGUAUCCACGGUCUCGUCUGACAAUACCGACCAACUCUUCUCUUCGUACCACCAGAAUAGACUUUACUAAUUUCUGCUGUGGGACCUCUUGGACAAGAGUUCGGGGUGCGGACUAG